UAACCGGAAGUAGUUUCUCGAAUGUUCAAUGAGUCACACUAGAAUCCGUCGUUGCAGUGUAACAGCCACUGUGUUACAUACAGUGUAACACACUAACAAACACUGUAACACACAUAUCUAUUGGCUUGGCGGCCCAGUUCGUCUGGGUGGAAUUUACAGGGGUACAUAAAAAAAAAUCACUCCAAAACACAAACACAGCAAAGAGCGAGGCAAAAAAAAAAAACCCCCAACGGAAGACAAAAGAAACUAAACAACAACAAACCCAGCAAAUAGUGUUUAGGAUCAGUUUUUGUGUUGUAACUUUAGGGGACAAAAUAGAAACCCUGGCAUGGAAUACGCAGAAGUUCAUAUAGGCAUUAAUUGCUGCUACCCUUGCGGAUGAAAAAAACUAGAAAAAAACUCGUAUUAGUAAUUAUAAUAUUAAUAAUUAUUAAUUCUAGACAUUAAUAGUCUUUUUAGUUUAUUUAUAAUAUUAAUAAGAAUGAUUUAGGGUUUAUAAGAAGCCAGACUGUAGAAAAAUUGGGGGUUUUUUGUCCCCAACAUAGCAAUAAGGAGAAUUUAAAGUCCUCUAAUUAUUUGAAUAAGUUCACGGUGUUUCGAGGGGGUUCGUUGUUGUAUCUUUUCCUUUUUAUUUUUGUGGUUUUCAAAUCCCCCCCAUGCUAACAUUUUAAUGGAAAACUUAACACAUACAUAUGUAUAAUGGGGGGUAUUCAGUUAUUCUUAAUAGAAGGCAACAACUAGCUGUACACAAGGACUUCUGUUCUUUUGUUAUGAUUUCUAACGAUGGAGGAGAUAAUGGGACAUACUACUAAAGCAAAUUAAGACGAACACUUAUAUUUUUAAAUAUGGCUAUUUGUUCGUCCCAAGCUGUCCUAGUGGCGAUAUCUUAUAGCUUCGCUUUAAUAAACAAGUGAAAGACAUUUGAAUUUACUUUUCAACACAUAGACAUAGGUGGUAGAUUCUCCGAAGAUCACUGAAGCUUUCUUUUGUUUAAAUUAGGUUUGGUUCUUGUUUGAAUUCCUUCUUUCGUUCGAUCGUGUGUGAAGUCCAUCUGUUGCCGUCUCCAUCUCCGCCGUUCUGUGUUCCACAGUUCACAAUGAUCAAACAAUGUUUUACAGACAGUUUAAUAUCUCUGGCCAUUGUGCUCAGUCUCCUUCGGACGGAUGUGACCAAUUAUUUCAGUAGCGACUACAUCAGCUACCCGGAGGUCCAGGAAAUUAUCCUGGGUGGCAGCACGGCAUACGGCCGCGUCAACAACUACAUAGACAACAACCGCAACCAGCUCUACCUGCUCGGACAACACCUCCACUUCAAGAACGUCGACUAUGGAAACAUCUUCUCGACGUCCUUCUACAACGAGCUGCGCCGGCUUACAUCGAACCCGUUCUCUUACAAUUACGACGACUACUUCCCGCAGCGUCGCGGACGGCGGCGGCGACAGCGGGUUCGAUACCCGGGCUUCCACACAGACUACUCUACCUACCUGGUCAGCGCCGAGCAAUCUUCAAACUCGGUCCACCUGACUGAAAACUCUAACGAAAACAAUAAUGGGGACAAUGACGACAAUUCCAACAUCGUCGUUGACAAUAACAAUGACCACGAUAACAACAUCAUCCACGAACAACACAACAAUGACCAUCACCCCAGAGAGGUGGAAGAAAAUAACGACAGCGAAGCGGUGAGGGUGUCCGACGAGACGGAAGAUGGAAGCGGCUGUGAGCAAAGUGGUCAUCCGAGUGAAGAAGUGGACUACCUAAAUAGGAUUAAUUCUUAUUUUCACAGCGACGGAAAAAGAGAUCAAUCUGCUGCUAUCACCACAACUGCCACUGCUACUGACCUCGUGGCCGGAGUUUCGCACCCGACUUGCGACAACAUAAAUAUUUCCAAUGGCAAUGACUCAGAGACCAACCCCGACAACAACAAUAACAACAACACUGUUGCAAAUAUCUCCAACUUGGAGACAUAUGUCAACGAUUCGGACAGUACUACCACCCCAACUGCUACAGAUGAUAGCAGUGGUCAAGUCAACAAUAGCCAUGCAAUUAGCAGCAGUGAUCCGACUAACGAGGACCUUGAUUUGAUCGAUGUGCUCUAUCUCCAAGAUAUUGAUUUGGGAGUCCAGAGAGAGGUCUAUGACAUCACACUGCGAAGAGAACUUGAACGGGAGCAAGAGAUCGCCCUGCAAAAGGAGCGUGAGAAGCAAAAACAAUAUGAACAUAUUCAGUUGAAACUACAAGAAGAACAGCGUCGACUAGAACAACAAUAUCGCGCAGACAACUAUACCCAAGACAUUGAAACAGGAGAAUGGAUUCCACUCUAUCAACCAGCUCCUCCUUUAAACAUCCCCCUAAUACCAAACACAACAAACAUUCUCGAACAACAACAGCAGCAGCAGCAGCCAUGCAUUCCACAGCCUAUGCCAAUACCCCAACUCCAGACUGACCUUACGAAUUUACAGACCAAUUCUUGCCAAUACCAAACUUCAAAUUUAUUGAACUCUACACUAGAAGAGGCCCUGCAAACUUUAGACAUCGAUGCAAAUAAGAAUAACACCAGUGAGCAAACCGUCUUUGAGCUGGAACAGUACCUGGCCAACUGCCCAGUUGCCAACUUCAGCAAUGCCACAACGGAACAAUAUGAACCAAUUCUACCAUCGCAGUUCAACUGUAACCUAUUGCCUUGUCCUACCACUUCUACUGCCCUCAACCAAUGUACUGAAUACAACACACCGAUUCACAACACUUUUCAAGAACAUUCUCAACCGACUCUGCCAUCUUGUGAACGUCAGAACAGUCUUGAUAAUUGGUGGAGAGAAAUCAGUGGUUCUUUGGAAAUGACUACGGCUGGCACCAGUGCAGAUAAUUCAACUCAUUGUCCAGAACUCAUUCAAAAUGCAACUCUUCCAAUUCCAUCUGGUGACAUUGGGUGUGGGAAUAAUUUGAACACAAGUCUAAAUGCUUCUGUAUCAACUGCAAACUGCAGCACGACCAUCAACAACCACAGUUCCUGUAAUCCACCAGAAUGGGACAACCAAAACUAUCUCUUCCCGAAUAUGACCACCAGCAUCAAUGAAAGCGAGUCCAUGAUGGAGAUGGAGAAGAUUUUACCAGCAAUACAACAGAACAUGAUGACAAACAUUGACUUACCCAAUACAACUGAAGAUCUGGUAUCUUUCGAUGAUGCCAGUAGAGACUCAGCUGUUUGUUCUUUGGCCAGUUCCGCUUCCCCUCUACAGGAGUUUAAUGAGUUUUCUGCCUACGACCAACUGGAAGGUGCGACCGGUGGCAGUGACUAUGACAGCUGCAGUAGUGGCUGCAAAUCGGUGAAACUGGAACCAAACACCUACUACUGUAGCUAUGACUCUAUGAGACAUGGCCAACAGUCGACCAAGCUCAAUCAGUCAACAUCUUCAAAUGACACCGACUUCAACUAUCAGCCAAGUAACACAAACCACAUUCUGCACAACCAUACUUACCCACAGCAACCUCAAACACAGAACAUUAGUUAUGAGCCUUCAGUAUCAAGUAUUUCUAGGAGUAAAACCUACAGCAGCAGUGCUACCGCCCAUGCCUACCACAGAGGUCCAACUUCAAGAGACCAUAAGCGUCUCCAGGAGUUGAAAGUCCCUUUAAGUAUGAGCCAGAUAAUCAAUUCCUCAGUCGAGGAAUUCAAUGAUUUGGUCCGAAAGUACCCGUUACCUGAGCCACAAUUAAGGCUCAUUAGGGAUAUACGUCGUCGAGGCAAAAAUAAAGUGGCAGCACAGAAUUGCCGGAAAAGAAAGCUUGAUAUUAUUGGUACAUUGGAGGAAGAAGUGAUCCAGAUGCGCCAUGAGCGUGACCGGUUGCUUCGCGAGGGGAACCUGAUUCAUAAACAGACUCGAGAGAUGAAGGAGAAAUAUAAUGUCCGCUAUCAUGAAGUGUUCAGGUCCCUCCGCGAUGAGUAUGGCAACUCUUAUGAUCCACAGGAGUACUCUUUACAACAGUCUAGUGAUGGUAAUGUCUUCCUAGUACGCAAAAGCCUCACUUCAGAUGAGAAAACUAUGGACUCUAAUCGAAAGAAAAAAACUGAUGAGAAAUGAAAAUUAUCAUUUCAAAAAAAAUAAAAAGGGAAAGAAUUAUAUAACAAUAAUAAAAAUA